UUUAUUCAGUUUGAAUUUCACCAUGAAUCACACAUAUGAUGUUUGUAAUAAUAAUUUUGCAAGUCGAGAAAGUCACAGUUUGUUGUAAAAAAGUAUCAGACUAUGAGAAUACGUAAUUAGAAAGACCACACACCCAAAACUCGCGUAAGAGACGUAUCUCUCGCUGAAGCUACGAUGCCUGUGUGUUUCGUAAUGGGAUGUACUCACACGAGCAACGGGUCUCGCUCGUUUUUUCACUUCCCAGCUGAUUAAAAGGACCAGGAGUCGCUGGAUAACACACAUUAGGUAAGAUAAUGUUUCAUUUGUGCGUGGAACAUAGCUAAGUUAGCUGGCUAGCUGGCAAAAAACUAAAUGAUACUACGACAAACUGACUUUCUCGACUUACAAAAUGUACCUUUUAAAUUGCCAAACAUAAUAUGUGUGAUUUAUGGUGCAAUUCAAACGGGAUCAAAAAAAAUAUUUGUCUCAUUGUUGACUAGCGUACAUAUUUUUUCUCAAAUAAGGUCCCACGGGGUCCACCGGAAGGGGCGGGACUUGCUUCUCUAUUACACUCAGUUUCAAAGAAAUCAAGAAAAUGUGUAUUUUUUUUUCUCUUUCUCUCUCUGGUGGUUAAAUAUUACAAAAAAAAUGAUUUCCUGCCACUGAGAAUCAAUGUUUAAUGACCUAAUCAGAUAUGUGUAAAGCUUCUGCUUCUGUUUUGGUAGUGGUUGUUCCUCUUCUUGCUUUGCUAUGUACCACAGUAAUGUACAUGUGCCAAAUGACACCGCUACCGCUGCGACUGCCAAUACCGAAUGCAAGAACUUCACACACACUCAAGACUUUUACAGCAGCUACACUGAAAACACUUGUCAUCUGCUUUGUUUCGUGCGCAGCUUGUGUCGGUGUGACGAGAUGCAUGGGGACGCUGCGUUUUCUGUAUUUGAUUGUGAUCCAUAGAUAUAAAAAGGGUGGAGGUCCCCGUAUGGAUAUUCCUACAGACAGAAAUAGAGCAGACAAAGUAUCCUCCAUCUCGUUGGUAUAGACGGUUAUAGUCCAUGUUUCUAAAGUGAUGUUUCUGUUAAAUGUAAGCCCCUUAACUUUGUAAUUCUUGGGAGAUAUCACAGGAUUCAUGGGGGGCAUUUACUCGUAUCUGAAGGUCUGUAAUCUUAUGAAUGUGUUCAUACAAGACCGUCUCUUAACAGCAUCCGUGUGGGCUAACUGGAGUGCCUCGCUCAUUCAGGAUAGGUCCGAUGGGUGUGCCCAUCAUGACAUGGGUAACCAAUCAAGGUGUCUUUUUCUCAGCAGGUCACUAGUUGGGUAUACUGUAUAUGGAACUCAUCAGUUUUCUACUCUGCAAAAUAUAUGUGAACGUGUACGUAAGAGUUGAUUCUUGUUAUUGGAAUUUUUUAUAAGGUAUAAAACUCUUGAGUUCAGUAUAAUUUACUGCUUCACAAACCCGUAGCCUACCUGGCUUUAAGACUACAGAACAGUACAUGGGAGAAGACACAGUAUUGUCUGUUUUUGCCUGCAUUUCUUUCAAGUACAGUGCUUGUUCUUUAGAAGAAUGCAUAUUCUUAGUGCCGAGCGAGAUGUAGAUACUUAACUGAGUGGAUGAUUAAAAGAAGCACUAGGGGGGUAUAAUGUGUGUUUUUCUUUUUUUUACCUUUGAUUUCCAUGCCAAUUGAAACACGACAGAGGAUGCCUCAUUUUCUCAAAGUAACAAGUUGCCUUCAAGAGUGGACCGACUAAAAGAGGAGGAAUAGAGUAGAGCAAGGGUUUGUGUCAGAACAUCGCAGUGUAAGGAGGCAUAGACCAGAAUUUGCUAAUAGAAAAAGCGGAGAAAAAAAUAAAAGCACAUUUAAACUAUAUAUACAAGAGAAUAUUUGUUAAUUUUAAUGGUUUUAUGUAUUUCUUUUUUUUUUUUAUAUUGAUUUGGGUUUAAUUGUUUCGGGUGCUCUUGGUGAAUGCAUAUGCAAUCAGCUUCUAUGUUUUGAUUGAAAUCAUUCAGUUUGUCUUAAUUAAAUGCAAAGCGAGUUAGUUUAACAGAAUCCUCCAACACAAGUCAUCAGAUACUGGAACACUAAUGGAAAAAUCUCAUUGUGAACUACACCUUAAUCUCUUUGCCUUGGCUCUUAAAGUUGCACAUUCUCAUUUAUGAAUGAAUUAUGUAACUAGCAAUACUGUUUUUAAUAAAAAAGAAAAUGAUUUCUCAGAGCUUUUGUUUUCUUUUGCCUCUUGUUUAUCACAUUAAAAAAAAAAAAUAAUUAUGAAUCAGUGAGGAGCAGUGCAUUAUGGAAAUGGUCUUUUGUGCUUUUACAAAGGAGAAAAGCCUCUUGCCAUGUCAAGGUAGUUUUCCUCAUUGUCAUGUGACAGAGUGGCCAGUAGGUGGCGCCUUGGGGGAAAUGAAGAAACAUGGUCGUGUCUAGAAGGGAGCCCGCAAAUAGCGAAAUCUGAUCCGAGAUCUGCAUAAACUCUCGCGAAACUCGCUGACCGACGACCUAACUCUAACAAUCUCGCGAGAGUUUCUACAGUUUGUUGGUUCCCUUCUAGCCACUACCAAGAAGAAACAUGUAACGCUGCUGCAAUUUCGGAGUUUAACGCUAGUGUCCAGUUUAAUGUCCCAAAACACUUCUUCUGCUGGUGCAACAUGUGAUGCUACUGUGCCGAUGUGGACAUGCAGCGGUACCGGUGGCCAGGUUAUGAGAUGCAGCUUCUCAGAGAGCUGCAGAGACAACAAAACAAUGCCCAAUUCUGUGAUACUCUGCUGCAAACCGAGGGCAUCUCAGUCCCAACCCACAGCUGCAUCCUUGCAGCUCUCAGCCCCUACCUGUCUCAGAAGCUGUCAGCCACCCCGUCUCCUCCAUUGGGCCAGAAGCGUGAGCUCCAGCUUCAGGCUGUGAAGGCCCAGACCCUGCUGAAGCUUGUUAGUCUUCUGUACUCCGGGGAACUGGAGGUAAAAGGAAGUGUAGAGCAGAAUGACGUGUUGUCUGCAGCCCGCCAGUUUGGGAUCACAGACCUUGUUGAAGGACAGACAAAUGGAGGAGGAAAGGAGGGAGAACCCCAGAAAAAAAAUUGUUUUGGGAGUUGCAGAGAGAAAGCAGAAGCAAGCAGAGAGAGGAGUGAAAGCAGAGUGCAAGUUCAGGCUGAGAUGGCUGGAAGGAGGGAUACAGACUCUCCAGUUGAAAAGAGAAGUUGUGUAUCCACAGGCCCAACCCCAGAGCCUGCAUCCUCUGUAGCUCAAAGUUUGGAUUUUUCUAUCUUCUUGCAAUCCCAAAACAUCACAUUUGAUAAACACUUUAGUUCCACUCCUUGCCCACAUGUUUCCAAUGUGCAUAGAGGAGCACGAAGCGAUGGAGAAUCUGCAUUAGACCGAUCCUCUGACAGUGUAACAAAUCCCAUGUCAACUUCAACUUUGUCCAGCAACGUGAUGACCUUCCCCAUUUCCCUAAGUGAUGACUCAAACUCCCCAACAUCUCAGGAAGAUGGCGCCUACCAGCAGCCAUCUGAGUUUGGGGACAAUAUACAAGUGUUGGCUGAAGAAGGGACAGGAUUGGAAGAUGGAGAAACAAAUGGCAAACCAGCUGACAAUAGAGAAAAUACAGAGCAGCCAACCCACAGCUGCAGAGAUGAGAUGCGAGGAGAGGAAAACUCCACAGAGAAAAGGCAUGCACAUGCAAAUUUAGGGAUAAAGAGCCUGGCUAAGAUGAAACAGAUGCAGCAGAUGAUGGAGACGGAGACUGCACAGAUUUCUAUCAAGGUGAAGCUGAGGAGGAGGACCAAAGGAGAAGUGUGGGAGGUUGUGAGCCUUCAAGACGCAGAUGAGACGUUGUCAGUUCUUACCUCCUUGAAACAGAAUGGGUCCAACCACAAAAGGCCGCAGACCGACCUUACAAACAGUGAGCCUCAUCCCUCCUCUGUCCAGCCAGGCCCAAUUCAUAAACCAGAGACCCAGAUUGUUCAACAUGCUACCGCCAUCUCCCCCGAACCACCACCUCACCCCAUCACCCCCUCUGCCUCCCAGCUUGUCUCUAGUGACUGCUUCGCCCCAAACCAAAAUGACGGCCUCGAGUCAGUCCCACUGCCCCAGCCUCCGGGCACUGCAGAGGAGUGUGACGAGCAGAUAGAGAAGCUGUUGGAGGACAUCAUGAUGGGCCUGAACAUCCUGCCAAACUUGGAGAGGGACUGCAAGAAAUCUCAUUAUCUUCCACCAAACCAUGACGGAGCACCGGCCAUUUGCCAGGUCCCAGUUACAGAGAACGAGCGACAGCAGAGUCGGAUGCAUGCUGCCGUCAGUCCAGCAGGGUGCGUGUAUUACCAGGAUUUUGGGACGCAAAUUGGUCUCUCAUCAACCGAUACAGGUGUCUAUUGUUGUUUUACAGCUCAGAACCAGCCCAGCUGCUCAAGCCUUUCAUCUGUACAGCCAGCUGCUGUGCUAAUCCAGCAGCAGGAGCAGCAGCACUCCUCUCAGUAUCACUCAUCUGUCACACCAAUGGGGCAAAGAGAUGGAGCUAUUCACCAGGUCAUGCCACCGUCCAAAAGUAAAAAUUGUCCAUAUCCUGAAGUACCCACAACCACAUCAGUCAUACCCACAGCUCUCUUCUCCAGUGGGCAGAAGCUACUUACUACCCUUACUUAUUACCCACUAUGCCAGGAACCGUCUUCACAAGAUAGUCGGAACAUCCUAGAGUUUUUACCCCUGACGAAUGGAAAUGAGGCGCAGUCCUCGCAUUCUUUACCUUGCAUGGAUGAAUUGCAGCUUCCUCCAUGUCUCUCUCCAUUAGAGCCAUCUACCUCAGCAGCAAAACAUCAGCCUGCCCUCAACAACUCAACGGACCAAAGCGAUAAAAUGCAGCCACAGCCGUCUCUACAUAGGCGACCCUGGCUCACAGUAAACCCUGGAUCACUACAAUUUCCUCUCAGUGCCAUCACUCACAAAGCAAAUGAAAGUACGUCUUCACCACAGGAUACAAACCGCAGCUCUUCGUCGAAGCAAUGGCAGAAGCAUCUGGAGUUGAAUCCACAAAGUGGUGGAGCCCGGGCAGCAUCUUGUACUGUGAACGAAGUGGAAGACAGAGGAGCAGUAUCUGCUGGUCAUCAAGAUGUGGCAGAACUGGAAUCUGAUCCCAGGAAGAUGAAGAAAAGUUUAAAAUGUAGACAAGGUGACACUAAAGGUGAUGCUGCAGCGCCUAAAAGGAGGAAGCGGAAGCGCCCAGGUCAUCCACAAGAAGCCGAUUCUCUUUUCCAUACAUUCAAGCUUGUGAAAGUCAGCGAUGGAACAAAGCGGCAAAUCAACCUGAGCCUUUGUUCAGUCAGUUUGUCGAGCAACAACGUGCUGGCGAGGGAAAGAGAAAUGGCCGCCAGUUCUUCAACCCCGGCAAACAAAUUAGUAGGGAAACCAAAUGAACCAUCGACCAUCACAGAAAGUCAAGGAGAGAGAACCAGCGGGGAUCUCAACACUGACCAGACACAGAUCAGGACCAGGGGCUUCUUAAAAAAACCUCAAGAGAUGCCAAGUAACUCAAUUUUAAAACCCAGGGCCGGCAGAGCUCAGAUUGUGAAUAAAGAAGGAAUCCUCAAGCGGGGACCCGGAAGGCCACGGAAAAAGAAGGUCGAAGAGAGCCCUCCAGAGAGCUGUCCUGCCGUCAUUGAUAAACAGAGCCGCGAUGUAAAAAGUGAGGCACAAAUUGACAGCAAUUUGCCAAAGGAGGGGAGCGAAAAACCAAAGAGAAAGCGUAAAAAACGGAUCAGGAAUAGAAGUGAGGCGGAGGCAGUUCCACUUAAGAAGACCAUAAAUGCUGAGGAAGGCAAUAACAAUGAUGUAAUCCCAGCGGGAAGUAAAUUUGGGGCACCCAAACGGCCACAGAUGGUCAAUCUGAAGGAGUUUCAAAAGCUUAUCAAACGCCAACACUCAAAAACAAGAAAGUCAAAAGAAGCCAAUGAAACAAAUGAAACUGCAAGAGAUGUCGAAAGAGAAGAAGGGAAGGCGUGUGGUGGCAGAUGUGAAGAAUUAACUAAGGAGACUGAAGUGGACAUUGCUCAGCCUCAGAACAGGGACGGGAUUAAAGAGUCUCACGCCCUCGUCUAUGUCACAGGUGACAAAAAUCACAAUCAGAUUUUCAACAAACCAACAGCAGAGUAUGGCAAAUCACAGCUACAUGUGAGAAACAUUUCUACUAGUCAGGAGACCAGUCUGUUUUGUGAUGAAUCCCAUGAUGCAGUGUUUUCCUUUGACGUCUUGGGAGAAGAGGGGGCCAAGUUAGCAGCUGAGACGGAUCAGCCACGGAAGAAUCCUGAUGAAGCACAAAAAGCCUGUGAUGCAGGAGUUCCAGAUACAACACAGCAGACUGCUAUCAACAAUGAAGGCUCGUCUCACAGUGACCUGCACCUGCCUCAAGAAGACAAAGUGCCUUUGGACCACAACUUGAACCCCGAGAGGACUAGUCCACCUCUGUCCCACACUGUUGGGUUCAGCAAGAGCUCAGGCUGCGACCACGAGGAAGAGGAGGAAGUGGAGGUGGACGUUCUGCUUUACUCUCCAGACAAAGUGCCUCAGACUGUAGAGUGUGAGAAUGGACUCGACAACAUGGAAAUAACUCCAGAGGAAGAAGAGGAGGAAGAUGUGAAUGACAUUGAUGUAACUGGAGAUGAGGCAGAGUAACCUUUGUAUGUGCUUAUUUUUUUUUACUAUGUUGUGUGAUUAGUUCAGCACUUUCCUAAUGUUCUCUUUGUUCUGGUUUUAUGUAGGUUCACAGAGAUACCAGGCCAUUAUGCUGUGAAGCUAUAUGUUUUUAUGUCCUUCCUUUUUCUGUUUUCACCAUCAGUCAGUGUCUGGCGAUUAUAAGCAAGAAUAACGGGCUGUGCGCUGGUUUUGACACUUUCAUUUAGUUCAACAUACAAGGUUCAAAUGGAUGUUUAAUUCCCAUUAAUAAUAUGCUAAAAGCAUCGAUUACAUAAAGGGAAAAAAAAGUUCUUACUGUUGUUCACAUUUGUCAAUAAUUUUAUUAAUUGUACAUGUUCAGUAAGAUUUGAAUUGUCAGACUGAUUAAGGUAAAAGCACUUAGCUGCAUUGUGUCUCUCUGAAAGGAACUAUUGUUGAAAAGAAACCUUAUUUUGAGCCUGUAUUUGUAAAGCACACCGUGUUUUCUGUAAAUUACAUAAUUAUGUAAUUAUUAUUAUGGUUUAUUAAAAAAAAAUCCGUCUUUU